CGUGACAGCUCGAUCCGGAGAGCUAGCGAGUCGGGCUAGGGGUCGUCUCCCGAGCGCUGGAGAGCCGAGAAUACCACGUGAGCGUGGGAGAGGAACGCGCCUGUAGUAUAGCCCCCCUGUAGAGGCCAGUCGGCAGCACGUUCUGGAGCCCGAGGAGUCCUGGAUCGAGCUGCAGCUCCUACGUGAAGAGACUUUGGGGAGGCGGCCCGCUCGGCGAGGGCAACCAUGUUAGAGUAUGACAACAGCGCGUUCUACUACUUCACCCUGAGCCUCAUUAGCAUCUACCUGGUCCCGGUGACACUCGUGUCGCUGAAGCAGAUCUUGCGCGCGAUCAUCCCGGCGCGGGGAGCUGUCGAGGCCCGCACCAGCGCGGAGAAGACCAAGUGCACACGCAUGAAGAAGGACAAAGCGGGGCUGUCGGUGCUGUGGCGAUGGUCUUUCGUCACCAAGGUAUUGACCCUGAUCCCUGGGUGGGCUUGCUUCUUCUACCUGCUGAAUUCCAUGACUGAUGACGCGGAGAUCAAGGGAUUCGAUCCUUUCGCUAUUUUGGGGGUUACGCCGUCCACGGAGGCGCGCGAGAUCAAGAAGCAGUACAGGGCGCUGUCGCUCAUCUAUCACCCGGACAAGAACCCUGACAACAAGGUGGCCGAGGACAUGUUCAUGAAGAUCGCCAAGGCUUACGAGGCACUCACCGACCAGACGGCAAUGGACAACUGGCGAAAGUUCGGCAAUCCCGACGGCAAGCAGCCCAUGGAGGUGUCAAUCGCUCUACCGACCUUCUUGCUGGAGAAGGAGCACCACAACACCAUCCUCAUCAUCUACCUCAUCGCCAUGGUGGUGAUCAUUCCAUCCAUCGUGGCCAUGUGGUACGCGCGGUCCAAGAAGUACGGCGAGAAGAACGUCAUGUAUGACAGCUACGCCUGGUACAACCACAUGCUCAGCGACUCGUCCGAGAUGAAGAACAUGCCGGAGGUGUUGGCUGGUUCGGCUGAGUUCCGCGCUCUCAACACCCCGGACAAGGACCGCCCUAUGGAGACGAAGGAAGUGGCUAAGCUGUACCGACAGCUCUACAGGGAGAGCACCUUGAUGCCCAAGCCCAAGUACGACCAUCCCGUCAUCAAAAAGGGAGCCGUGCAAGUGUUCGCGCACCUCGCGCAGAAGCCGAUGAGCCCUGAACUCAAGAAGAACCUGGACACUAUGCUGAUCAAGACUCCUGACCUGAUCGAGGCUAUGAUCGAGCUAGCUUGCAGCCGCCGAUGGUUGAACACUACGAUCUACGUGAUCAACUUCAGCCAGUACAUCCACCAAGGCCUCUGGCUCUCUGACAACACAUUGCUCCAGCUACCGCACAUCGGGGAAGCGGAGGCGAGGACCAUCUGCACUACCAGCGUGCCUGGCAAGCCUGCCGUCAAGGGGAUCGCGCAGUACAUCAAGCUGCCGCGAGAGGAGCGCAAGGGUUUGGACCAGCUUACGCCGGAGCAGCAGGAGGAGGUGCACCGCGUGUGUUCCAUCAUCCCGGACGUGACCGUGAAGGUCGACAUCUUUGUCGAGGACGAGUCGGAGAUUGCGGAGAACGACUUGGUUACCAUCAAGGUGACUCUCACCCGCAACAACGUGGAAGACGGAAGCAAGGUGCAGCCGGUGUACGCCCCUAAGUACCCUGUCUUCGCCGACGAGGGGUGGUGGGUUUUGGUCGGGGACAUCAACCGCAAGACUAUCUUCAGCUUCGAGCGCAUCACAGACAACGGCCGCGUUGUAUCCAAGGAGGUAAAGAUGAUGGCGCCGAACAAGCCGGGCACCGUGAAGCUGGACGUGUUCGUGAAGAGCGACAGCUACGUCGGCCUGGACCAGAAGCAGGCCGUGCAGUUCGAGGUGGUUAGCGCCGCCAACCUCCCGCAGUACGAGCCCCACCCGGACGACCUUGAGCUGGACAACGAGCCGACGCUGUUCGAGCAGGUCAUGCAGGCGUACGACGACGAGACUGACAGCGAGGAUGAGGACGGGGGAGCACAAAAAACGAUCGGGGACGGGGAGGAAGGCGACAGCAGUGGCAGCGGCAGUGACAGCGAAGACGAGAGCGACGAGGAAGACGACUAAGCUAAGAGCCUCACAUCGCAUCGGAUAGACAGCAUCUGGAGGGUAGCGUAGACGGGCACGGGCUGGACCCUUGGUGGUGUGACUGAUGAAAGAAAGUAGCUCUCAUGACAUGACAUGAAGACGUUGUCGCGAUGCGGGAUGCAACACCAUCUUGGUGUACAGUAGUCGCAGAUGAAGAGUAGCCUUUUGUGCACGAGUUUCGGAGCUUGUGCUCGUUCGGUUCGUGCGUAGACGGAUGGGAUUGCUUUUGCAGGAAUGCCACAGGGUGCCGCCUUGAGAGUGGGUAGUGUAGGAAAGAUGGGAUGAUUAUGAUUUGGAACAACGUUUCUUUGCGGGUGUGGUCAAGCCGAGCAGCGAGCAUCCUUUCGUCUCCACCUGAACACUUUGCGUUUGGGAAGCUAUCCAACACUGUCCACAUGGAAGACAAGUGUGAAGAGAGCGAGCAGUGCAUGUGUGUGUGUGUGCGGUUGAGGGUUGAGGGGGGGGGGGCGGGGGUAAUGCCAAUGUACUGCAGCUUACAGAUAGUGUGGGGGAGUUUAGACCGGACUUACACGGUUCUGAACACGUGCGACGAAUCACCCGAGCAACGGGUGACCUUCCACUGCGUGCAGCAGCAGCAAGCAUUCGUUCGCUAUUUCUUUUCUCCUCGGAUGCUGUUGCAAGUAGAAGAGUAGUGUGCCGUUCCACAAGUGGGUGACUCUUUUAUAGUACGUGGCAGAAGGAGGCGCCGCCAUAACAGGACGUUUUUUUUGUUCGGUGGUCCUAUUUUUCGAGACGAGAGCCACACCUCGUUGUUUCUCCUUUCUAAUAAAGUGAAUGCGUGAUUAUGACGAGCCGUUUUAGUUAGUACAUGGGUGUCACGCAAAACUCGCGAGACGUUUGUAGAAUUCUGCCUGGCCGCUUUGCACGCAAAUCUCUGGGCAGAUUCAACCAUUUUGUCAAGAUAACUCGACGUCUACAGCUAACAACAUAUUGGUGAAAUUGAGAGCGCAAGCAUGAAAUUGAGAGCG